CAUCCCAUUGGUUAGCCGUGGCAUCCCAGCCAUCUGAUUGGCUGCCGGCUCAUAAUUAAACACCUACACAGUCAAUGCACAAAUCCAAGUGGUGGGAUAUAUAGGCUGGUGCGUUGGUGCUGCAUGCAACAGAAUCAAGAGUUGUCCUACAAGUUGAGAGAAAGUUUACUCAAAGAUUCAUCAAGAGAUUCUUAUUUUUUGUUUUGCUGGGUGACUUCGGCUGAAGGGGACCAUGGUCAUGUUGAAGAUCUCUGCUUUCCUUGUUGCCUAUGCCCUGGUCAUUUGCCAGAUGUACUGCUCACAAGCUGCUCCUGCCAGACCGGGUUUAGAGUCCAUGUCAGACCGAGUCACGCUCACGGACUACGAGGCACGAAGGUUACUCAACGCCAUCGUCAAGGAAUUUGUGCAGAUGACGGCAGAGGAGUUGGAGCAGCAGGCUAGCGAGGGAAACAGCAGUGUUACAGCACAGAAGCGAGCCUGCAACACAGCCACCUGCGUGACUCACCGGCUGGCAGACUUCCUCAGCCGAUCGGGGGGAAUGGGCAACAGCAACUUCGUCCCCACCAACGUCGGUGCCAAAGCCUUCGGGAGGCGGAGGAGAAGCAUCCAGAUGUGAGAUUCCCCACAAGGAAAAUGGUCAAAACCUGAGACGAAAACUUCAGAAAAAGAUGUGUGAACAAAAAAAAAAAAGAGAGAAAACAGAGAAAAUCCUAACUGAGCAGAAAAUAAACACCAAACUGGCCCUUUAUCCACUCAUCAAGAUUCUUACCGGGAACGAAAAUGGACAUCUCCAUUUCCAUCCUGUUAGUAACUCGUUUUGAUUUUGGCAAAUAAGAGAUAAAAAGAUUUAAAAAAAAAAAAGUAGCACUUUACUUUGUGUAUAUGAACAAAAGAGCUCCUUAAAAAAAUCUCCUCUUUUAUACAUGAAUAUUAUUGGGAAAUAAACUGAAAGCAGCAUUGGUUAUCACUUCCUUAUUUUCCUCCACUCAUGUGUACAUCCGUCCGAUCCAUCCCUGACAUUGUCCAGCGAACGUCUUCCUCCCUGCUAUCCCGUGUGCCGGAGGGACGCCACUAAAGAUCAGCCUACCCAAGCCCCCCACCCACCCCCCACAACGGCUGUUGUCUUGUGCCUUGAUGUAGAACAAUUUACAUGAACGUGAUUGUACAGCUCUGUGUCAGGAUGACGACCCCCAUGAGGGCGAAGAGAUGAAGACGGACUAAUAUUGUAAACAAUAUUGUGAAAAACAAUUUCAGCAAGAUUAAAAUGUAUUUUAGAUACACUUGGGUUUGGGGUUUUGUUCUUCAAAGGCUUUUAAGGAGGUGUGGAAGGAAAACCACACCAAAUAUGUGCUGGUUCUUCUUUUUACACUAAUAAUAAAUAACCACACACAGUUGCAACGGAAAUACUAACAGAUCACAAUCACACACUGGUACGGUCCCCGUACUGUACAUACCUCAUGCAUUUGUGCAAAUGUAACACAUCACAUGGACGAUGCAAAGAAAGCAGUGCAUGGGGAAUUACAAAAUAAAACGCAGCCAAACUUGCA